ACGCGACGAGACUCGAGCGGCGUGAGUUUAGUUUAUUGCUCGCGCUCGUCCGCUACGAUAACUCACUCGCGAAACAAAACUUCGAAAUAUAUAUUAUAUACACACUUACAAAAGCGACCCACGCACACACAAGCAUAAGCACACACGCACGCACAAACUUAAAUAGACGCGCUCAAAGUACAUACAUACGCAGUGUAUCGUGUGUAAUAUAUAGCAUAUAUAAAAUAAAGUAAAACAAAGUUGCGCCCGCGGACAGACGCAGUUCGUCUCUGCAUCAUACGUCCACAACGAUCCUACAAACGUAUAGAAUAAAUGAAUGAGAAAAACGCCGGUUCUUCAUCGCUUCGAGCGUCGACUAGUGCAACCAAAAUCCUCAACUGCAUAUUGUACGCACGUCGAGCAGCGGCAGCAACAGCAGCAAGUUGACAACAGCUGUAUAUUGUGAUAUAUAUAUCGAUCACAACACCGCCACCGCCAAGCUAAUAUAAUAACACGGCUCGACUCCCUUUUUUUGACGUCGCUCGUGUUAUUGUUGUUUGUUUUUGUUUAGAGACGACGAGGCGCCCGCAUCGCUUCGGAGUUGUUAAAGAUACAUCUCUCGCGCGUCCGAGCCUAUGAUAAUAUUAUAAAGUGCAUCAGCCGCAGCAACGCACAGACUCUCUCACAUGUACAUAUAUAGAAUUCGUAUUGUACACAUACACACUUACGCGUAGUGUGUCGGCGGGUGUGUGUAUACAUACACGACAUAUAUAAAAGUGCGUUUAGUGCGUGCGCGGGAGAGAGAGAGAAAGAUAGAAAGAGAGUGAAGGAACACUGUGUGUGUGCCGAGCCUGAUCGUGUCUGUGUCUGCUGCGUCUACCAUACACACACACACACAUACACAGAGAGAAGAGAUACACGCCGCUUAUGUAUAUAUAGAGCGGCGAGAAAAAAAAGAAAGCAAAAGAGAAAAGAAAAGAGUCUCCUUUAGACACCCGAAGAAGCAGAUACAGCAUUGGUAAUAGUAGUAGUAGCAGCAGCAGCAGCAGCAGCAGCAGCAGCAACACAGUUAGUAGUGGUAGUAGUUCACAGUAUAUACAGUACUAGUACUGUAGUGUUAGUAUAGUUGCUCUCCUCUGGCCCGGAAAAACGUGCUCAGUUCCGACUCUUUUGGUUGCUCGUCGCUCGCCAAUUGUAUACAACACAGCAUCUUGAAUGUGCGCAUCAACAUCCAGAUCAUCAUCCAGCAUCAUCAGGUUUUUCGCUAGACGAAGGACCACCAAGCAGAACUACGACCAAGUCAUAGCUGGGUCUUACUCGACGUCUUCGUCGUUAUUGUUAUUGUCGACCUCGUGCUCGCGUAAAAAUUUCAUUCGAGAUGGAUUAUGAGACCUACGGCUACAAUUUCGGCAUCAUCAACAGCCUGAACCAGCAGAUACUCGACCGGAGCUACUGCAAGCCGGCCGUGAUGACGCCCAAGCCGGAACGCGAGACCAUGCUGAGUCGUUACGAGCUGCCGGUCAUCGAUCUCGCGCACGUGGAUCACUUCUGCCCGCAGUACUCGAUCUUGCAGAGCACCUCCGAGAAGCUGGUUAAAGCUCUGACGACGAAAGGCGUCUGCAUCUUGGUGAACCAUGGCAUACCGAUGCGAAAGGUGAGAGCUGCUUACGCGGCUAUGAACAAAUUUCUCGCGCUUCCUGACGAGACCACCGAGAAGUACAGCCGAGAUCCCGAUACCAAUCAUGGUUACAUCAAGCCUGGAAUGGAAAGACUGGACAAGGAGCUGCAGCGCGAUGAGUUGCGCCACGCCUACAACGUGUCGAAGCUCAAGGGCCCGCUACCCGACAAGGAAGUGCCGCAAUUCCGUGCCGCCAUCGACGACCUAUCCACCGAGCUUAAACAAAUGACCAGACUCUUACUCACUUCGCUCGCCAUGGGUCUCGGUAAAAAUUCCCAAUACAUGGUCUCGAAACACACGAAGAUGCUGGAGGAGGGCAACGAGUCGACCAUGAGGGUGCUCUACUAUCCGCCCAUCAAUUGCUGCGAGGCGGGCAUCACUCGCUGCGGCGCUCACACCGAUUACGGAACUCUGACUCUGCUCAUGCAGGACUGCGAGGGUGGUUUGGAAAUCCAAACGCCCGGCAAGGACAAGUGGACGCCGCUGGGACACUUUCCCGGCGCGAUAAUCGUCAACGCCGGCGACAUACUCCACCACUGGACCGGCGGCGCCGUGCACGCCGUCAACCAUCGCGUGGUGACCUACGGCGAGCGCAUGCCCCACCGCCACUCGCUCGCCUUCUUCGUUCAUCCGGACAACGACGCCGUGAUUGACGAGAUCAAGGUCCUGUCCAAAGAGGAGCAACAGCAGCAGCAGCAGCAGGCGCAGCGGGAGCAGACUCAGACCGACGCCGCCGGCCAGAACAAUACGCACAGGAAGAAGUUCGGCAGCGUCAUGUCGAUCGUUCUUCAUCUGCAGCGUCGCUUUCGCGAGACUUACGGCGGAUCGUCGUAAGGGAUGAGGGCGCGAGCAUCACCGCCACCCGCCACCAUCAUACAUCCAUCCUGCAGCCCAUCAGCCGAGGUGUCGAAUUCAUUUGCGUUCAUCGAGCGGACACACGCGCGUUCACGCUCAUGUACAUUUUGACUUGUUGCCGGUGGCGCGAAUGAAUUCUCGUAGCCGAAGCCAAAAAUUAGUAGCAGCAGGUGCGCGGGAGGCCUUGUAAAAUCAAAAAAAGAGAUGUACAGUGCGAUCAAGAACACUUGAUUUUCGCUUAUAGUAUUUAUGAAUAAGAUAAAACUUAAGAUUUAAGAUAAAAGAUAAAAAAUUCCGACUUUGAUGAGACAGUAAGAGUGCGAACGUGAUGUAGCUGUAAUGAAAACGUGUGUAGGCGUGUAAGUUUUGAGUGACAACCCUUGAAAAAAAAAGAAGAAAAAAUCUGCAUUACCAGCAAUGAUAGUUUAGAAUAAAAACGCAGACUGUUCAUAAUGUUACUUGUUAAAACGAAAAAAAUAACUCGAGGGCAGACGAUUGUACGAUACAAAUUUUUUUUACCCGUCGAAUGACCGUACAUUGUGUUUUGGAGUGCACUUGACGAGUGAAAAAUUUUGCUUAUCGACUACCUACGCAUUUUUUGUAAUCUACUAGAUAUAUAACAUUGUUAUAAUUUCAUCACUGAGAAGGAUAUCAUGAGGAAUUUAUAACAAAUAAAAAAACGGCGAGUACUCUGUAGGAUUGACUGCUCGUUGAACUAGUGAGAAAUGAUUCGAGUUAAUCGAAUCGGCAUUGAUUACUCGUGUUUUGUAAAUCGCGAGCUUAUCAAUGCAUACAAUUUUAAUGAAUUCAAUAUUUUUAAUGAAAUGCCUAAGUUUUGUGACAAUAA